GGCGAGGCACGAGUGGAGCUUGACGUCAUUUGGGGUUUUCCACAUACCACAACUCAGUGUCAACCUGUGCAGCGAUAUGCCAUCACUGCUUUGUAUUCUUCAUUACGUUGUAAAGAACAAAAGCAGUCACACUGAUGGUGAACUAUUCACAUUACCAUAGUGUUUUGCACACUUUAUGAAACAAGAAUGCUACUAGUUUCCCAUAAGUCGCCAGCUGGCAACUCUGGAGUUCCCACUAACAGAUCCACUUUCCUGUUGUGACGUACAUUUUGUCCACAUUUAAAGAAGGUUUAAGGCAAACCACCGCAGUAUUACUCUCACCGCUGCUGUGAGAAGGGACGACACAGCUUCAACACAUACGACUAAGCGGGCAUGGUGUCACAGUGAAGAUACCUCUAGUACGCAGUAGUAUUCACUUCACUCACUUCCCGUGACUCCAAAAAACUUGCCUUCAUAGGACAUUGUUAUCAGCUCAGCAGUACCAGCAGCAGAAGCAAUCUCAGCUGUGGGCAGUGACAGUCGUGGUCGUCUGUGUGUCUUCUACGUUCAUCUGCCACACCAUCAGCAUGCGUGCCCUGGUGCUGCUGGCGGCGGCCACCGCCUGUAUGGCGAUGCCCGGACCCCAGACCUUCCCGCUGAGCCUCCCCGCUUCGAGGGCGACACACCAGACUACGCUCGGGGACAAGAUUCAUGAGCUUGGCCUGGAUGUGUCGAUGGAGCUGCAGAAACCCGGCAAUGUGGUUAUAUCGCCCCUCAGUAUUAGCGCCCUCCUCUCUGUCCUCAUGAUGGGAUCUGCGGGCCGCACUCGCCAGGAGCUUCUCCGUGGUCUCCACUUCGAUGACGCUCACUCCGAGAACGACGUCCACCUCAGUUUUCAAAGGCUGAUGGAAGACAUCUUUAGUGACGGACCCGAUGUUACUCUCAACGUAGCCAACGGUCUCUUCCUGCAGAGAGGUCCAGGUAUCAUACAUAACUUCACACACAAAGCUCGCAUCCAUUAUAACAGUGUAGUUAGCACGCUCGAUUUCUUCAACUCUUCUGUGGAAUCCACGGAAACCAUCAACAAGUGGGUGAAGAAAUCCACAAAUGGCAUGAUCCCCCAUCUCCUCACGCAACCCCUUGAUCCCCGCACCACCCUUGUUGCUGUAAACACUGUCUUCUUCAACGGCAAAUGGCUCACGCCCUUCGACUCGAGCUUGACUCUUGACAUGGACUUCGAUACUGGUGCAGGGAAAGUUCAGGUGCCCAUAAUGAUCGGGACAUUCACCGUGAACUAUAUCGACAUCCCUGAACUGGAGGCCCGCAUGGUUGCCUUCCCUUACAAAGGCAACCGGCAAGCCAUGUACGUCAUUCUGCCAACAGGUCAACCUACAGCCAAUCUCGAGCCACUGGAGCGGGAGCUGUCCGCUGAGAAAAUCAACUCACUCAUUGGCAAUAUGACAAAACUGGAGAUGAGGGUGGGAUUGCCUAAAAUGCGCCUUUCCUUUAAGUCAAGCUUGCGAGACACGCUCAAGAAACUGCACAUGGCAUCCAUGUUCGAUCCCGCCGCAGCGAACUUCUCCCGUCUGUCGACGCUGCCUGUGUGGGUGGACGAUGUAUUGCAUGAGACCGUCAUCGAAGUCUCCGAGGAGGGCACUAAGGCCGCUGCUGCUACUGGAGCAUUAACGUUUCGUAGUGGUAACUCUAAUAUCUUUCUUGUCAAUCGGCCAGCGAUCUUCUUCAUCCGUGAUGAGGUGUCCAGCGUACCUCUCUUCUGGGGCAGACUAGUGCGACCUGAGCCCCUCAGGACGUAGUGUCCACAUUAUCGUAAAGAACAUGUUUCCUUGCACGAUGCGUGGACACCCGACACCGACGCUUCCUGUGUGGGACUUAUACACGAGGUGAAUGUUUGUCCUGUAGGUGACUGUGAGUUUCGUGUCUGUUUGUCAUCCUGUAUCCAUGUUUGUUCUGGCCUGUCUGUAUGUAUGUCAGUGCUUCUAUCAUUGUCUUUCUGUGUAAAUUCGCUGUGUGAAUGGCGAUCUUAGUCUAAGAAUAUUUAUAUUGGCCAGACAGUGUGUCGGGUUCUCAAAGUUUUUUAGCAAAUGACUGUAAUAAAACAAAAUAUUUAUCAAA